UUGUUCAUGGCUCGUCGUCUUGUUCUUUAUCUCUCUCUCGGCCAGUCGAAGUAGAUUUCGACCGGAAACAUCAGAGCUUUAAGGGUUGUUAGAUCGAUAACAUUAAGUGGUCUUGUUGGCUGAAACAUUAGCUCACAGAGACGGGUUUUACCCAAUUUUGGUCUUGAUUAAUUGUUGGCUGGAUGGUGGUGGAUGUAUAGAAGGAUUAGAUGUGAAUGAAUAUCAGAUUUGGGGGUUUGGUAUGGAUUGGAAUUGGCUUUACAGACUAAUUGAUGAAGAAUUUUAAAUGUGCAAGGAAGAAGAUGCUUAUUCUGCCCAUCUCUUCUCAAAUUAGCAACGUAAGUUGAAGAUGCUGGUGUGCUAAUGUCUGAAAUACGUGUUCCAAUUGGAUGAUCAUGGGCGGUGCUGAUAUUUCAAAAGAAGUUGAUGAAAUCAACAGCAUGCAUCAAAAGAAGAAGGAUCAUCAGAAUCUAAGAUUAGUAUUUCUAAACAAUGUUGGACAAACUGUACAAAUGAAGUACUGUACUUCAGAUAUUCACCUUUGUUUGUUCACAUGGCUUCUGGAAGUUUAGAUGAUAAAGAAUUUUAUCAAUAAUUAUGCACAUUUGCUGAACAAUUUUCUGGAAGUGUAUAAGUUAGCAGCAGAUCAAUGUGAAGAUAAAGCUGCAAUCUUAGGGUGGAGUAAUCAUGUGAAGCUAGAACUGGAAAGACACAAUUCCUUUAUUGAACAAAAACUGGGUUUAAACCCUACAAUAGAGACCGCCCUUCACCCUGAAACAGAGAAAUACAAAGAGUUCUUGUUAGCAACUGCUUCCGGUUAUGUAGAAGAUAGUGAAACUCCAGUACAGCAGUCAAAAAUUCCUGCUUAUACUCUUGGUGGUAUGAGGCCAAGCCUGAGACUCUAUGCCUUUCUUAGUAAGGAGAUGCAAAAACUUGUCAGUGCUUAUGUUGAUUCUCACCCAUACAACAAGUGGUUCAAGGAAUAUUCUUAUAAAAGAUUCAGGGCAUCAUAUCGGGAUGCUGAGGAAUUGCUUGAUAAGCUAUGCAACUCUUUGGCCCAGGAAGAGAUUGAAGUCGUAGAAAGGGUUUAUCGUCAUGCUAUGAGACUUGAAAUGGACUUCUUUUAUUCUCGGCAGUCUGAGCAAACCCUGAUCCUCCCAAUAUAUCCAAAGCUUGAUGCUAAGAAGGAACAUCUGAUGCUAUUUGCGGAUUUUGAUUUUACGUGUACCAUUGUGGCUUCUUUGGAAAUAUUAGCAAACAUUCAAAUAUUGACUGCUCAAAAACCUGAUCAGCAAUGGCAGGGUGAGGAUAGAGAUGGACAUUUCAGAUUGCGUCAAUAGAUUUGAGGCCUGUUAAAAUUAUGCUCGGUAGAAAAGCUGAUAGUUUUGAUUAUUAUGGAGGACUCUACAGUGCGUUUGAGAAGCUCUCAUCUCCUAAGGGGAAGGCAGUUUCAAGAAUAUUUGAAUCUGGUGUACUGAAGGGCAUAAGCUUGGAGGACAUAAAGCAAGCUGGCAAAUGUAUGGAACUUCAUAAUGGUUGCUUGAACUUUUUUGAGAAGGUGAACAACCUGGAUGUAUCUGCCACUGUAAUUCAUGUUGGAGUGGGGAUCUAACUAGGUCAGCUCUUUCAGGUACUAAAUCAUUUCUUACUGUAGGAGUUUUUUAUAUAUUUAUGCAGAGAUUGCGCUAUCAUCCAACUUGUCAUUUUGCAAGUCUUGGUCAUGAGAAUAUGUUCCAGUAUACCUUUCAGGUCUAAAACUCUAUUCCUGAAGUGUUUUUGCAUGGAUACUCUUUAAGCGAAAAUAUUAAUGUUUUUUUACAAGUGGUUCAGACAUGUUGAAAGUAGACGGGAAUGAGUUCAGGUAUGCAGAUGGGAUAUUUACGGGUGAAGUAACUAGUCAGGCACGUCAGUCUGUUACAGCCAAACUUGAAUAUUUUGAUGACAUGGUGCCGAAGUAUGCACAUGAACAUGUCCGUAUUCCCCGUAGUGUUUACAUUGGUGACUCAGUUUGUUAUGCCUGAUUACAGCUGAUAUUGGCAUUGUGGUUGGGUCAAACAAAAGCUUAAUUGAGGUGGGAAAUCACUUUGGUAUUACAUUUUUACCUCUGUAUGCUGGUGUGGCCAAGGAACAGAAAAAAUGCUUCGAAAUUGGUAACCCUGAUGUCUGGAGAGGUGGUAUGUGUGGUACUCUUUACACAGUUACUAGUUGGAUUGAAAUACAGGGAUUCAUUUUGGGUGGAGAUUUGGUAAACGAGGAACUGUGAUCUCUCAUGACUAUAUAACUUCUGGAACUCAGCUGUAGGGGUCUGUACAGUACAGAUGGUGUGUGAUUGCGAUUUUUAUCAAGGGCCAUGAAUCGAAGUAGUGAACUGUCUGAGGACUCUGAGCAAUGAUGAAGAUUUAUCUGAAUAUUCUCUAGUUUUUACAUCCGUUUUGUCUAUAAAUUUUGGUAUCUGUUCUCCGUUCUUCUUUGAAAUGGCAACAUAACAUU